AUUAAUACAAUUUUAUUUUAGUACAAUAUUAGACAAAGAAUAACGCAAUUGGAUUUUAAAAAUCAUGAGAGAGAGAGGUAGAGAGAGAGUGAGAGGGGGAAGAGAUGGACACAGGUCGCGAGCAGGACGGACAACACUGGGUCGUGAGCAUGCAGGAUCUCGCGGAAGAAGCCAGCAGUGGAGGUUUCAGCAAACAGGUCAGAGGCAAACGGGUCAGAGGCAGAAGGGGGAAGAUCAGUUUCAGUAUCGAAGCAGACAAAAAGGGGACUCGUACGAUUGGGGGUUGUAUAAGCAGGCCACUGCAUAUUUCUUCACGAAUUUUCCAGAGGACUGGAGUUAUGAGGAGAUGUGGAGAACGUUUAAGAAUUAUGGCAGAGUAUAUGCCAUUUAUAGUCCUAACAGGAAAAACAGGAAUGGAAAAAGGUUUGGGUUUGUGAGAUUCUUGGAUGUAAAGGACAUGAGGGAGUUGGAAAGGAAUCUGGAUCAGAUUUGGAUAGGAGGUAGAAAGUUAUGGGUGAAUCUUCCAAGAUAUGAGGAAGGAAAGAUGGAAAAUGUGGGGGGGAGGUUCCGUAAAAUUGCAGAACCAACAAUCCAAAAUAGAAGUUAUGCCGAGGUGGUAAAGGGCCAACCGAUGAAAAAUCAAAAAGAGGAAGGAAGAACGCAGGGCAGAAAACAGGAAGAAAAGAGAUCGGAGAGGAACAUAAACAGAGAAUGCUCCAAGCAGCGAAAUGAGGAAGCUAGGACAAUUUGGCAACAAAAAGGUAUGGGAAAAAGCUGGGCGGGCUUUGAAUAUAAUCCCAAACCGGAAGAUUACUCAUGGCUGGAGGGAAGCUUUGUGGGAUUAGCACAUUCUGUGGAGAUGGUUCGUAACUUGCAGGAAAAAUUCUAUAUGGAAGGGUAUUUUUCAUGCCGGAUUCGUGCCAUGGGUGGUAGAAUGGUGUUGCUAGAUUGUGAGGAUAAGGAAGAAUUGAAGGACUUGGUGGAAUUAGCUGCGGAUUGGUUAGGCCAAUGGUUCGAAGUGGUGCGACCUUGGACACCCGAAAUGGUGGCUAAGGAGAGGUUCGUAUGGAUUAGAGGCCAAGGGGUUCCAUUGAAUGCCUGGAACACUGAGUUCUUCGAAAAGAUGGGGUGUUCAUGGGGUAAAUUCAUCUGCUUGGAUGAUAGCACUAGUAAAAGAAGACGGUUCGAUAUAGCAAGAUUCCUGAUAUCCACUCAGAUCAUGGACACAAUCAAAGUUUCACGGCAAGUUAAAAUCAAUGGAAGCAUGUACAAUCUGAAAUUUUCAGAGGAAGAAACCACUAAUUGCUUCUUCUCCCUUAAACAAGAUUUCUUGCCUUCUUUCCAUAGUGAAGAGGAGGAAGAUGAGUCUUGGUCGAUUGGCAGUGAAAUGGAGACGCCGGAGUGCGUCAAUGCAGAGGGUGAGGCUUUCUGUCAUGAAAAAUAUUCCCACGAAGAAGAUGAUGACGUGGCGUGGGAAGGAAAAAGGAAGGAACAGCUUUCAAAGGAGGAGGAGAAGGUAGGGGAAACACCAGCUGGCAGCUCGUCUCAAUUUCAGAUUCAAAUUCAAAAUUUGAAUGGGAACAAAGACAGAGCAACGGACAUUUGUCCGGAAAAAGAGAAGGAAGUCAGAGAACCGGUAUCUCAAGCCGGUAUAGUGGAUGGGACGCAAAUGGGCUUCAAGAACAAACCCAGUAGCAACUCGUUUAAGGAGCCCAAUGCUCAAGAAGCAAGAGUUGAGAAUCAAGAAUCCACUAACAUGGGCUUGGCCCAAGAUAGAGGAGAGAAUAAAUGGGCAGACCCAUCAUACAAUAAGGAUAGAUCUGGAAACAGGGAUUUGUCAGAGGUUGAAAGUGAAGAAGAAGGGGAGGACGUGUUCUGGAGAGGAUAUGAAAAGGAUCAAGGACGGGUGGAGGAAUGGAUCAGCAAGCAGAUAAAGAAAACAGCAAAGGGUAAAAGAAGGAAGGCUAGAUCAUGCAGCUCGGUCUAUCGGUGCACAAUGGAGGUCGGGACGGGUUCAACAAGGAAGAUUGACGGAAAAAAACAGAGCAUGCAGAGGACAGCAGAAAGGAAAACACCAGAUUUUUUACCCAAUCCGGACGGGAAAGUUGCAGGGGGUUCGGUCGGUGACAGUGGCAUAUUGAACUGUAACAGAUCUAUUAAGAAACAGCUGCAAAGUCAAUUAGCAAUGGAGAUCUGGGAUCUUGCGAAGCAGCUUGGUGCGAGUUUAGAAAAUGACGCCGAUGUCCUGCAGAAAAUCGAGGAAAUGGAAAAGAGAGACAGCCGCAGGAAAGGAGACAAGGCCAAUCCGAGCACCAGGGGAGCCAAGAAGAUUAGAGAAAUGGUGAUGAAGGAGAAUGUAGAUUUCAUUGCAAUUCAAGAGACUAAAUUAGUGAUGGUGGAUAGGAAGAUUUGUAGAACAUUAUGGGGGACAGAGGACUUUGAUUGGGUAGCUAAGCCAUCUGUGGGUAGAUCGGGUGGCCUAUUAUGUAUCUGGAAUGAUAAAGUGCUUAAGAAAUUGGAGGUAAUUGAGGGGAAUAACUUCAUUGGGAUAUCUGGGUUAUGGGGUGAUGAGAGGAUUCCUGUGUAUUUGCUUAACAUUUAUUCCCCGUGCCAGUUGAUGGGCAAAAGAUUUUUAUGGGAUGAUUUACAGAAUCUGAUGAAUAGUAGAAGAGGGAAUUGGUGUCUAGUGGGGGACUUCAACGCAGUGAGGGGAAUAGAGGAACGAGCUGGGGGGUCGGGGAUCAAUGCAGAGAUGCGAGAAUUUGACAAUUUUAUCAAUAAUGCUGCUUUGAUUGAUUUGCCUUUGCUUGGGAGGAAAUAUACUUGGUACAACUCUAAUGGCCAGUAUAUGAGUAGAAUUGACAGAUUUUUGCUAUCAGAAGAUUGGGUUUCCAGAUGGGGUGAUGUUAAACAGUGGGGGUUGAGAAGAUCAGUUUCGGAUCAUUGCCCCAUUUUACUUAAGAAUGAGAAGAUAGAUUGGGGGCCAAAACCGUUUAAGUUCUUUGAUGCAUGGUUUGAAAAACCUGGAUGUAGGGAGUUAAUCAGAAGUGUGUGGAAAUUCAAUGAGAUCCAGGGGAAAAAAGGCUUCAUUCUUAAGGAGAAAUUGAAAAGAACAAAGAAAGCAUUAAAAGAGUGGAGCCGGAACUUAACAGAAGAAGUGGAUGAUAAAGUAAAAAAAGCAGAAUCAGUGAUAGCUGAAAUUGAUGAGAAAGGAGAGAGUAGCCAACUGACUGCAGAAGAUGUUGAAAGGAGGAGGGGAAGCUUUAUAGACCUAUGGAAAAAUCUGAGAAUUAAAGAGAGGAUGUGGCAGCAAAAGGCAAAGAGGAUGUGGUUUAAGGAAGGGGACGCGAAUACAAGAUUUUUUCAUACAUGUGUCAAGGGUAGAUGGAGAAGAAAUGAAAUUAAUUGUAUUCGGAUCAACGGGGAACUAUACACGGGUGUGAAGGAGAUAAAGGAAGAAGUGGCUAAGUAUUUUAAAGACUUAUUUUCAGAAGAGGCAUGGCAAAGACCCAGGCUUGAUGGAAUUAGGGUUAAUCAAAUUUCACAAGCAGAAAAUGAGAUGCUCGGGGCUGUUUUUGAGGAAAAGGAGAUUAAAGAAGCAAUUUGGGACUGCUGCUCGUCCAAAUCCCCGGGCCCGGAUGGGUUCAACUUUGGAUUUGUAAAGAAGAUGUGGGAAGACAUAAAGGUGGAGGUGAUUGACUUUGUGCAGGAAUUUUGGGAUCAGGGCAGACUUGCAAGGGGAUCCAAUGCAUCCUUCAUUGUUUUAAUCCCAAAGAAAGACAAUCCUCAAGGAAUUGAGGACUAUAGACCCAUUUCUCUCAUUGGGAUCAUGUAUAAAAUCAUCGCAAAAUUGCUAGCAAAUCGAUUGCGGAAGGUGCUGCCAAAGGUCAUUGGGGAACAACAGAUGGCAUUCAUUGAAGGCAGACAACUAAUUGAUGGGGUGGUGAUUGCAAAUGAAGUCAUCGAUGAGGUCAAGAGGAAGAGGAAAAACAGUUUUCUGUUUAAGGUUGAUUUCGAAAAAGCAUAUGAUAGAGUGAGCUGGAGCUUUAUAGAUUACAUGAUGAUGAGGAUGGGAUUCUCGGAAAAAUGGAGGAAAUGGAUUCAAGAAUGUUUAAGAUCAAGCUCGGUGUCUGUCCUUAUUAACGGAAGUCCAACAAAAGAAUUCCCGGUAAGCAAAGGCAUUCGUCAAGGAGACCCGCUAUCUCCCUUCUUAUUUUUGAUAGUGGCAGAAGGAUUGAAUGGAUUAGUUUCCGCAGCAGUUGAGAAGAAUUUGUACAAGGGCGUUAUGGUGGGAAGUGGAGGUACAACGAUUACACAUUUACAGUUUGCGGACGAUACGAUCUUCUUUGGGGAGGCUUCCGAUGAAAAUAUAAAGGUGGUCAAAGGGAUUAUGAGGACUUUUGAGUUGGCUUCUGGGCUAAAAAUUAAUUUUGCGAAAAGUCAGCUAAUAGGGAUGGGAGUGGAAGAGAAUUGGACAGCAAGAAUGGCUUAUAGACUCUGUUGCUCACAAGGAGAAUUCCCUCUUAAAUAUUUAGGAAUUCCAAUUGGCGGGAAUCACAGAAAAACAGAAAUGUGGUAUCCAAUGAUUCAAUCUUUCAAAAAGAAACUUGCUAGCUGGAAGGGUAGACAUCUAUCUCUCGGGGGUCGCAUCACGCUCAUCAACUCAGUGUUGUCUAGUCUUCCCGUGUUCCUGAUGUCCGUCUUCUUAAUCCCGAAAGGUAUUCUUCUUUCUAUCGAUAAAAUUCGUAAAAGUUUUUUAUGGGGUGGGGGAGGAGAUGAGAGGAAGGUCAAUUGGGUUAAAUGGGAGAAGAUAUGUAAAAAAAAAGAGGAAGGAGGGUUGGGAGUGAGGGAUUUACGGAAGUUUAAUUUGGCUUUGAUGGGUAAAUGGUGGGGGCGGUUGGCAGAAAACAAAGAGGGCAACGGCACAUGGACAUGGAAUCUAAAUUGGAGAAGGAACUUGUAUGAGUGGGAGGUUGAGGAAGCCGAGGAGCUCCAAAAGAGGAUAGAAAGCGUGAGGGUAACAGAUGGAGACCCGGACAGAUGGGAGUGGAUUCAUGAUAAGGGAGGCCAAUAUUCAACCAAAUCGGCAUAUGCUCUUCUAUCAAGGGAGCGAGUGGAUUUGAAGGAAGAGAAGACAUACAAAAGAAUUUGGAAUCCCAUCCUGCCAAGUAAAAUUUCAGCUUUCAAUUGGCAAUUAGUAUUGGAUAAAAUUCCAACUAAAGCUAAUUUGGUAAGAAGAGGGAUCAUUAAGGAUGUGGCGGAAUCUAAAUGUGCCCUUUGUAAUGAAGAAGAGGAGGAUGCUACUCAUUUAUUCUUAAAGUGCAAAAUUGCAAGGUGGAUAUGGAAGGCUUGCUCUAAGUGGUGGGGGUCAAAGAUGAUGGUGAACAGUGACUGCUGGAACACGUUUCAACUCCUUGGGAGGAAUUCCAAAGGAUCAAAAAUCAGAGAAGGAAUGGAUAGCAUCUGGAAAACAGCCGUCUGGUCCAUUUGGAUAGCUAGAAACCAGAAAAUCUUCCAUAGUAAAGAGGUAAAUCCUAAUACACUCUUAGAACUUAUACAAAUGAGAUCUUUUUGGUGGAUCAAAGCAAGAAAAGAUUGGGCAACUAUUACUUUUUCAGAUUGGGUGAUUGAUCCUGCUGCAUGUUUCAAAACUUGAUAUAGUGUGCGUGUAGUGCAUAGAGUGGGGGAUUUUCAUUAUGUCUCUAAUUUCUAAAAAUAGGAGUUGGUGUUGUUUAUGGGUUUGAGUACCCCUUGUACUCUUCUUUCAAUAAAAUUAUUGCCGUUCA